AUGCCGUUUCCAGUUACAACGCAGGGAUCACAGCAAACACAGCCGCCACAGAAGCACUAUGGCAUUACCUCUCCUAUCAGCUUAGCAGCCCCCAAGGAGACCGACUGCCUGCUUACACAGAAACUAAUUGAGACUCUGAAGCCCUAUGGGGUUUUUGAAGAAGAAGAGGAACUGCAGCGCAGGAUUUUAAUUUUGGGAAAAUUAAAUAACCUGGUAAAAGAGUGGAUACGAGAAAUCAGUGAAAGCAAGAAUCUUCCACAAUCUGUAAUUGAAAAUGUUGGAGGAAAAAUUUUUACAUUUGGAUCUUACAGAUUAGGAGUACACACAAAAGGUGCCGAUAUUGAUGCGUUGUGUGUUGCACCAAGGCAUGUUGAUCGAAGUGACUUUUUCACCUCAUUCUAUGAUAAAUUGAAAUUACAGGAAGAAGUAAAAGAUUUACGAGCUGUUGAAGAGGCAUUUGUGCCAGUUAUCAAACUGUGUUUUGAUGGGAUAGAGAUUGAUAUUUUAUUUGCAAGAUUAGCACUGCAGACUAUUCCAGAAGACUUGGACUUACGAGAUGACAGUCUGCUUAAAAAUCUAGAUAUAAGAUGCAUAAGAAGUCUUAACGGUUGCAGGGUAACCGAUGAAAUUUUACACCUAGUACCAAACAUUGACAACUUCAGGUUAACUCUGAGAGCUAUCAAACUGUGGGCCAAACGCCACAACAUCUAUUCCAAUAUAUUAGGUUUCCUCGGUGGUGUUUCCUGGGCUAUGCUAGUAGCAAGAACUUGCCAGCUUUACCCAAAUGCAAUAGCAUCAACUCUUGUACAUAAAUUUUUCUUGGUAUUUUCUAAAUGGGAAUGGCCAAAUCCAGUGCUAUUGAAACAGCCUGAAGAAUGCAAUCUUAAUUUGCCUGUAUGGGACCCAAGGGUAAACCCCAGUGAUAGGUACCAUCUUAUGCCUAUAAUUACACCAGCAUACCCACAACAGAACUCCACGUACAAUGUGUCCGUUUCAACACGGAUGGUCAUGGUUGAGGAGUUUAAACAAGGUCUUGCUAUCACAGAUGAAAUUUUGCUGAGUAAGGGAGAGUGGUCCAAACUUUUUGAAGCUCCAAACUUCUUUCAAAAGUACAAGCAUUAUAUUGUACUUCUAGCAAGUGCACCAACAGAAAAACAACGCCUAGAAUGGGUGGGGUUGGUGGAAUCGAAAAUCCGAAUCUUGGUUGGAAGUUUGGAGAAGAAUGAAUUUAUUACACUGGCUCAUGUGAAUCCCCAGUCAUUUCCAGCGCCCAAAGAGAAUCCUGACAAGGAAGAAUUUCGCACGAUGUGGGUGAUUGGAUUAGUGUUUAAAAAAACGGAAAACUCUGAAAAUCUCAGUGUUGAUCUCACCUAUGAUAUUCAGUCCUUCACAGAUACAGUUUAUAGGCAAGCAAUAAACAGCAAGAUGUUUGAGGUGGACAUGAAAAUUGCUGCAAUGCAUGUAAAAAGAAAGCAACUCCAUGAACUACUACCUAAUCAUGUGCUUCAGAAAAAGAAAAAGCAUUCAACAGAAGGUGUCAGGUUGACACCUCUGAAUGAGAACAGCCUUGACUUGUCUAUGGACAGUGAUAACAGCAUGUCUGUGCCUUCACCUACUAGUGCUAUGAAGACCAGUCCGUUGAACAGUUCUGGCAGCUCUCAGGGCAGGAACAGUCCUGCUCCAGCUGUGACAGCAGCAUCUGUGACCAGCGUCCAGGCCGCUGAUGUUCCUGCGCCACAAGCGGAUUCCAGUGAAAGCUCAGGGGGCAAGGGAAUUGGUUUGACAGGUACAUCGAGCGAAAGCAUUCCUCAAACUGCCACACAGCCAGCCAUUUCAUCACCACCAAAGCCUGCGGUCUCCAGAGUGGUUUCUGCAACACGCCUGGUCAACCCACCACCACGACCUUCAGGAAAUGCAGCAACAAAAAUACCUAAUCCCACAGGAGGGGUCAAGAGGAGAUCCUCACCUCACAGAGAAGAAAGUCCUAAGAAAACCAAAACGGAAGAGGAUGAAACAAGUGAAGAUGCUAACUGUCCUGCUUUGAGUGCACAUGAUAAAACAGAAACAAAGGAACAAGUUGAUACAGAGACAAGUACAACUCAAUCAGAAACUGUUCAGACAGCGGCUUCUCUGUUGGCUUCUCAGAAAACAUCCAGUACAGACCUUUCUGAUAUCCCUGCUCUCCCUGCAAAUCCUAUUCCUGUUAUCAAGAAUUCAAUAAAACUGAGAUUGAAUCGGUAA